AGAGCGAGAUGGAGCUACGGCUCUUCUCUGAUCUCUCAACGACCAUAAAGCACACAUCCACGCAGAAUUACAGAUCUCAGUCUCCGGUCUAGCGAAAAAAAUCCGAUAAUUUCCAAAUCUUCGAGGCGACGAGGCUCGAGGUUGGAGAGUCGCGACAGUGCCAGGAGGAGUAGACGAGAAUUCACCGUCUGCUCCGCGAGGCGACGACGCUGCUGCAUGCAGGUAUCAUCUUUUGAAGGGAAGUGAGAGCAGACAGCAGCGAUGGAGGAGCCUCAAGCCAGGAACCCGAUCAACCGGUUGAUGUGGAAGAUUUACAAUGUUCUCGACGUGCCCGUCACCUUCUUCCGAGAGAAGAUCGUCGAGCCGAACCAGAAGUCUUAUCCGUACUACCAUCAGAAGUAUCGCCGGGUGCCGACCAUCGACACAUGUUACACCGAUGAUUAUGUCUGUAGGUACGAGGCUAACCAGCAGUUCCUCAGAGAUAGACAAGUGGACAGCCAGAUUCUUAGCAUCCUGAGAGACCGACACGAUCAUUGCGUACACGAGGACUAUAACCAAAGAGAAGAAGCCAAGUGCAAAGACAUUUAUGAAGUCUAUGAAGAGAAUGCUGCCAAUUGGUUUUGUAAAUAUGGUGAUCUUGGUCCUAUGCCAGAUGUGGUUCACGCUUUCAUGAAACAAAAGCACCGCAUGAUUUGGGAGCGCAGGCAUGGGCCAAUUGGUUCCGGAAUGAAGGAAGAUCCGUACAAAAUCAAGGAAGAUGAUUAAUCAAUUCGGGUCAGGCUAGAUUGAUUUAACAGCCAAGAUUGUGUAGAGAACUUGCUGCAAGACAAGUGUCCAAGCAAGCUAAUGUACAGUUAAUACAUCUUUCAAUAAAUUAUGGUUACAGAAUGUGUUUAUAAAAUUACUG